AUGACCACUUCCCGCGCGAACCGAGAGCUCACCACCGACGACAAGACGGAAGUCGUCAAGUAUCUCCAAGACCGCAUGAGCCUUGGCAAGCUCCCACACGGCUCGAUCAAGGCCGGGGCAGCCGCACUCAACUUGAACCGCAAGACAGUGUCCGGCAUCUGGAAGGACUUCUUGACCCAGGGGUCCUCGCCAUCGAAAAAGGCCGGACGAGUCGGUCGCAAGCUCCGCUACACGCCGGAGCACGUGACCCAGCUGGUCCAAGAACUACCGCAAGAAGAACGUUCGACAAUGCGCGACAUCGCAACAGCAACCGGACUUACCAUGGGCACGAUUUGCCGCAACCUCAAGUCUGGCACGCUCGAACGCUGGUCUUCUCGCUUGAAGCCGUUGCUGACCGACGAGAACCGAACCGAACGCAUUGAGUUUUGCCGCAGCGAUGGCAGCGGCCUCGCAGAAUUGCCAUUUUUGGACAUGCACGACGUCGUCCAUCUGGAUGAAAAGUGGUUCAAUGCCGACAAGGAUCGCCGAAAGGUGUAUCUUACCAAGGGCGAGCGCAUUGGCCGGCGCGCGUGCAAGAGCAAGAGAUUCAUUCCCAAGGGGACCAAGUGCGCCAUUUUUGAAUUUGCCGCCAUGACCACUUCCCGCGCGAACCGAGAGCUCACCACCGACGACAAGACGGAAGUCGUCAAGUAUCUCCAAGACCGCAUGAGCCUUGGCAAGCUCCCACACGGCUCGAUCAAGGCCGGGGCAGCCGCACUCAACUUGAACCGCAAGACAGUGUCCGGCAUCUGGAAGGACUUCUUGACCCAGGGGUCCUCGCCAUCGAAAAAGGCCGGACGAGUCGGUCGCAAGCUCCGCUACACGCCGGAGCACGUGACCCAGCUGGUCCAAGAACUACCGCAAGAAGAACGUUCGACAAUGCGCGACAUCGCAACAGCAACCGGACUUACCAUGGGCACGAUUUGCCGCAACCUCAAGUCCGGCACGCUCGAACGCCGGUCUUCUCGCUUGAAGCCGUUGCUGACCGACGAGAACCGAACCGAACGCAUUGAGUUUUGCCGCAGCGAUGGCAGCGGCCUCGCAGAAUUGCCAUUUUUGGACAUGCACGACGUCGUCCAUCUGGAUGAAAAGUGGUUCAAUGCCGACAAGGAUCGCCGAAAGGUGUAUCUUACCAAGGGCGAGCGCAUUGGCCGGCGCGCGUGCAAGAGCAAGAGAUUCAUUCCCAAGGUGAUGUUCCUUGCGGCCGUUGCCCGGCCGCAGUACGACGAUGCCGGCAACCUCAUCUUUGACGGCAAGAUCGGGAUGUGGCCCUUCGUGACGUCUACGCCAGCCAUCCGAACGUCUCGCAAUCGCCCGGCCGGGACCAUAUAUGGUCACUACUCUGGUCAACGUGAACGCCGAGGAGCCAAGAUGCCGAGCGUCAGCAAGCGCGUUGUCAUCCAACACGACAAUGCUUCCCCGCACGCCUCGGUGUCGGACGGUGUGCUCGAUGCGAUCCAGGGCCAUUUUGCCGAUGGGUGGGAAUUCCGUGUGCGCCGCCAGCCGCCGAACAGCCCAGACCUGAACGUGCUUGAUCUUGGCUUCUUUGCCUCGAUUCAGGCUCUACAGUACAAGUCGGUGAGUCGUACUGUCGAUGAUGUGAUUCGUUCGACUUUGGCUGCCUUCGAUGAGUUGUCUGAGGAGAAGCUCGACAAUGUCUUCCUUACCUUGCAGGCUGUCAUGCGCAUUGUGCUGGAACACAACGGUGACAAUCACUUCCGUUUGCCCCAUUUGCACAAGGAAGCGAUGAGACGUGCUGGUACUCUCGUUGCCAAUGUUGCGUGCCCAGUGUCGCUUUUGUAG